UCAAGAGCAAGACACCAUCUCCAGCACGCACGCACGAUGAACGCGCCGCCCCACAAGCUCAUCUCGCACCUCAACAACGUGUCGCGCAACCUCCGCGGCCAGACUGCGCUGCCCUACUCGCGCGCAUCGCUCGGUGUCGCCGGCGCCCUCCUCCGCCACGGCCUCAUCUCCAAUGUCACCCUCGGCACACCCACACACCCCAACCCCACCGAGUUCCACCAGCUGUCUCCACCCGCCCAGCGCGUCUGGGUCAACUUCAAGCACCGUAACGGCCUUCCCGUCAUGCGCCGCAUCAAGCUCGUGUCCAAGUCGAGCAUUCGCAAGUUCGUCUCGCGCGAGGAGCUCGGCCGCAUCCUCCUCGGAAAGGAGACUCGCAACAUUCACGGCGCCGGCACCGGCGAGGUCUUCGUUGUCAAGGUUCCCGCCGACCGCUCCCUUAACCGCAAGGGCGCCGACAUCUACAUGGAGGGCUGGGAGGCAUACCGCGCCGGUCUCGGCGGAGAGGUCAUCUGCCGGGCGUCGUAAACGCCCCUCCCCCGCCGCCGUUGCUGCCGCCUGCCGCCCGCGUCCGCCGUCGCUCAACAUCGCAUAGCACACCGCUCCUACUGCAUUAAUACCGCCCAUUCAUACCCCACGACGCGCAGAUGUACUCCCUAUGACAAAUGGUAGUUGAGGAUGCUGGGUAUGGAGGUGCUGAUGGGUCUUUUUGAAGAAGUUAUACAACACGGGGAGGGAAUUGCGCAAGACCGUAGGCGUGUACUUGCUUGAUGCGCUUGAGAUGGCGCUCGAUAUCUGCCGCCACCGCUUUCUCGUCGUCAAAU